AUGGCUCCUUUGCCGAAGUCAAAGAAUCCAGCCGACGCGACAUCCAAACGGAAGCACCAGAUCACGUAUCUUGCGAAUUUGGCUGUUGCGCGCGAGGAAGCACUCCAACAACAGUGGGCCGAAAGCAAGCAAAUGAGGCGACUGGGUCGGCAGAAAUAUGGGUUCUAG